UAUACCAUUUCUAAAAUGAUAAUGAAAAUUUGCGAAAAAAUAAAAUGUUUAAUAAGGAACUUGCAUUACUAAUUUACCAUAAACAUUGACAUAAAAUCUUCUCUACAAAAACACUUAUAAAAUCAUUACCAUUACAACCGUCUAAAUUGUUAAAUUCCGUAUCUCAUUUGACUCUUCACUUAUCAUCCAUUUACCAGCACCUUGUCCAAGAUAACAGAAAACAGAAUUUCAAACCAAUUUUUUAAAAACACAAAAAAAUGAAGUCAGUAACAAUAUCCACCUUCAAACUCAACCUUCCUCCACCACCACAACUACAACCACCAAUCCCUUCUCUCUCCUCACGUGACUCCAGCAAUCUCAACCGCCGUCAUCUCCUCACCUCACUUUCUCUCUCUAUCACCCCUUCUUUCUCUCUCCUCACCUCCCAAUUUCCCAUUUUACCCCCGCCCGCCGCCGAUGCCCGAGGACUCUUCCAAAUGCCCCCAUUCCGCCUUAACAACAGGUAUUUUCUGGUGAGGGCAGGGGAGUCACAGUAUGAAAGCUUGGGGGUGAUCAAUACAAACCCGGUUGCGAAAACAUCGGUCGAUAACGGGUUGUCGGAGAAUGGGAAGAGACAGACUGUAAGGGCUGCUUUGGAAUUAAAGAAAAUGGGAGCUUGUGAUGGGAGUUGCUGGAUUUGGCCUUCUAUUACUCAAAGAGCUUAUCAGGCUGCUGAGGUUAUUGCUUCUGUUAAUAAAAUUGAUCGUAGCCACAUAGUGCCUGAGUAUAGCUUUUUGGAUGCUCGAGGGCUAGGGGCUUAUGAAGGAAAGGCGCUAGAUUCUGUUACAGAGGUUUAUGCAUCAGAUGGUCUAUCUCCCAACAUAAAGCCGCCUCCUAUUGAUGAUGGAACCCCUAACGAGAGUGUAGAAGAUGUGUUUGUACGUGUAACACAGCUCAUGUCAAUUCUUGAAACUCAGUACUCCGGAGACACUGUGAUCAUCGUGUCCCCGGAUUCUGACAAUUUAACAGUUUUACAAGCUGGCUUAGUUGGACUCGAUCUUCGUAGGCACAGGGAUCUUUCCUUUAGCCCAGGAGAGGUGCGAUUUGUUGAUGAAAAGAGUAUACCUGAAUACAAGAAACCGGCAUCAAAUGUAUACAAGUGCUAUAAUCCACCUAAUUGUAGGUAGACUAGUUUUCUUCAUACAACUUUUGCACAUCUAUUGUACAUACUUGGGUGAAUGCUAAUUAAGUAACUGUAUGACAAAUCUUGGUUCGGGUGUAUGAGAAAUGUUUACAAAGUCAUACAUAUAAACGCAAUAGCUCUAACAAGCACAGGCUGUUAAGCAAUGUGCAGUGAUGUGAAUAAAUUAGGAAGGAUUUCUGAGGUUUGGUCA